UGCAUUUGGGUUUUGGGCUAAUCGAAAACUUAGGGUUUCUGCCUCUCGCCGAAAACUUAGGGCUAUUUUAAUGCAGAAUCCUCAAAUCUCCCUUCCUGAGUUCUGUGGUUCGAAUCAGCUUCAGAGAUGUCGACGGUGGUUCGCAGAGUGGCUGCUUCUGCUGCAUUGGCUUCUGCUUCAGGUUUCCAUCAUUCUCAUCUCUCCGCUCGUCUUAGAUUCAGCAGUUCUGUCUCUUAUAGGGAGAGAUUGAGGGAUGGUUUUGGUAUUAGUGAUAUCGAUGAAGCUGUUGAUGUAUUCGAUCAGAUGGCUAGAUCUAGCCCCCUCCCUUCCGUUGUCGAUUUCAAUAGAUUACUAAGUGCAAUGGCCGAAAUGAGACGGUACGAUGUCGUGAUUUCUCGUUGCAAGAUGAUGGAAAUGAUCGGGGUUCCUCAUGAUAUCUGCACUUUGAAUAUUCUGAUAAACUGUUUCUGCCGUUCAAGUCAAGUGGCCAUGGGAUUUUCGAUUCUGGGAAAGAUCAUGAAACUGGGUUGCGAACCAAACAUGAUCACAUUCAACAUCCUCAUCAACGGGCUUUCUCUCCAAGGCAGAAUUCAUGAGACAGUCGCUGUGGUUGAUUGGAUGGUAGAGAACGGCUUUCAACCCGAUCUAGUCGCAUAUGGUGCUAUCGUAAAAGGCAUUUGCAAGUUAGGAGAUUCGGCUCUAGCUUUAGAUGUGCUCACCGAGAUGGAGGAAAGACAUGAUGACGUCCAUGUCGUAUUUUACAGCUCUAUCAUCGAUUGUCUAUGCAAAGGUGGACUCGUAGAUGAUGCAGUUGACCUUUUCAGUAGGAUGUAUGACCGAGGUGUUCAUCCAAAUGUCAUCACCUACAACACAUUGAUAAAUGGCCUAUGUAGUUCCGGGAGAUUGAACGAUGCCUCCCGUUUAUUGAAUGAUAUGAUCCAAAGGAAGAUCAAGCCUAAUGUUGUUACUUUUACCAGGUUACUCGGUGGUUUUGUUAAAGAGUGGAAGCUUGUAGAGGCUAAAGAGUUGUAUGAUCAGAUGAUACACAUGGGUUUGGUUCCGGAUACAUUCAUGUACACUUCGUUGAUAGAUGGACUCUGCAUUCAGAAACGCCUUGAUGAGGCGAAAGAGAUAUUUGAGUCUAUGGUUGCCCUUGGAUACCCUCUGACCACAGUGACUUUUAAUGCUCUCAUAAAGGGGUAUUGCAAGGAUGGUAGGAUGGACGAGGGCAUGAAGCUCCUUAGUGAGAUGCCUCGAAGAGGAGUUGUUGCCGAUAUCUAUACUUACAACUCUCUUGUCGAAGGGUUUUUCCGGGCAGGUGACCUUAAAGCUGUCCAAAUGCUUUUCCAAGAGAUGCAGUUUCUCGGUCUCUCUCCCGAUCUUAUCACUCACACCAUCUUGCUGGAUGGUCUUUUCAAAACCGGGAGAGUAGAAGAGGCACUAGAGUUAUACGAUGAGAUGCAAAAUAGUGGGAUGGACCUCGAUAUAGUUGUUCAUACUACAAUGAUCCGUGGUUUGUGUGUGGAUGAGAAGGUCGAAGAGGCAUUUCAGCUGUUCAAAAGGCUUCUUCUCGGUAAAGGGGCCGAACCAAAUGUUAGGACAUAUACCAUAAUGAUCUCUGGACUUUGUAGAAAAGGUUUACUCGGUGAGGCUCGGAGACUGUUUAGAGAUAUGAAAGAAGCCAAGUGUUUUCCGGACGGUCAUACGUAUAACGAGUUGAUCCGAGGUCACAUGAGACAUGGCUCUACAUCAGAGGUUGUCGAGCUGAUACGAGAGAUGCGAAGCUGUGGGUUUUCCGCGGAUAAAUGCACCAUGAGCUUGAACACAGAUGUGAUGCGUGAAGGUAGAUUCGAGAAAGGAUUUAUGGACCUCUUUUCCUAAUGAUGGCACCGUAUCUAUACAUUUUCGGAUUUUCCUCUCUUUCUAUAUAUAUAUAUAUAUAUAUAUAUAUAUUAUAAUAUUUGAGCGACAGAGAUAUCCAUUAGAAAAAAAAAGAAAUAUAUUAUUGUUUAGACAUUAAUUACGUUUGAUUAUCCACUGUAUAUAAUGUUUUCA